ACAAGUACUUGGCUAUCUAAUAGCUGCUUAUGCACAACGAAUGAUAUCGCGCAGACGGAUGGAUUGCCUGUGAGGGAAUUUUUUGGAAAAGCGUCGACAUACAGUUAGUGGAAACCGUAACGUGAAUCAUCGCGGAAUGAUGGUGACGAAGCAACGAAAAUGGUUGGCUGAACGCAUAUAGAUGCAAAUUAAGAACUACUGUGCACAGAAAUAUUGAAAAUAUAAGCAUGUCUAAAGUUUAGCAGUACUGUUUGUGCAACAUCCUCUUAAUUUUACUGUUUAUUGUGUGCAUCUGACAACGUCGACUUUUCACCUUUUGAACCCAGAGAUAAGAUCAACGUCUAUGAAGAAGAAAAAUAAAAGAAGUGUAGCAACAAAGGCAGUAUCAUAUGAGUGUGGAAAUAAUAGUACAAGGCUUAUCUAAUCUGAAAAAAAAACAAAAGUGUAUCGGUUGACUGCCAGCAGCUACUAAGCGAAUCAGAAGCAUCGCGAAGAGAGAAGAUUUGAGUGUACGUACUUGAAGAAGACCCAAAGCCAACAGUCAGUAGUGUACCGUACCGUUCCAAUAUGUGUGUUUCGUUGUUAUGAGAAGUGAGAGCGCGCGCGAAUUGCAUUAAUUAUAAUCAGUGAGUUUCAAUAGAAGGUCUUUUCUGGUGGCUGCACUCCUCAUGACAACGGCGGCGACGACGAUGAUGAUUCACAGAAGCAUUAGUACCCGUUUGCGGCAGUGCUGUUCGAUGUGAGUGCAAACAAGAGCAAAAGCUGAAGAACAAGAAGAAACUAAACAUGGGGGAUGCUAAGGUGAAGCAACCAUACUUUGGCAAUCCGCCCCAUCAACAGCAGGCAACUACCUCCAAGGCAGGUGUUGGAGCAGCAGUGGUCGACAUUCAGAAAGGAAGUCCUUCCAGCUUGAAGAGUGUAGGGACCAAGGACGAUGGCGCCACCAAAAGCCCUUGUAAAUAUGAUCAGCUCAAAGCUCGCAAAGCUGAGCUGGAAAAAAGGCUCAACGAAAAGUACGCCCAGUUGCAGCAAAUCAAACGAGAAGAGGCUCAACUUAUUGGAAUGUAUCCGAGUGAUUUCAGUGCUGGCAUUGGAAGUCAAGAUCAAAAUGGAGCGGCACCCACCUUGAGACGGAAGAUUGGUACCAGCUUCAAGCUGCCGGAAAAUCUGUUGAACAAUAAAGAAGACGACAUCAAUAAGCUUCUUUUGGAAAAGCAAAUACAGCAGCAGAUAUCGGAGGCAUCGCUCCGAUUAGCUAAUGAUACCUCUCAAUCUAAGUCGGUUCGAAGGACACACAAGCAAAACUAUGAAACUGCUCAGCAGAAACUAUUAGCAAUCAAUCAAAAUUUAAGCGUACUGAAAAAACGUCAGCAACAAGCUGCUGAGCAGCAAAAAUCUCCUCCUGCAACGAGGGACGAUAUAGACAUUCAUAAAAGCAGUAACUUUAAUCGGUUUCGAUCGAACAGCAACAGCAGCAGCAUGAUGAUGAUGAAUGUGUCGGAGCGGAGGAACUCGGUGAAAUCGAAUGCAUCGUCAAACCAUUCCAGCAACCUAAAUAGUUCAAUUGGUUCGGCUCCAAAACAACAACAUCAACAGCAACAGCAACAGCAGCUUUUAGUGCAAAUUCCAGUUCAGCAGCAUCCAGGCCAUUAUCACUCGCAGCAAAUCUCGCCCUAUUCGAUCCACUCGGGAACACUGUCGGUUAUGCCAUCCGGUUCACAAAGUAUGACUCCUGCUGCCUCGGCAGCGAUGGUCUCUCAACUGAGUAUGCUUAGACAUCGCGUCCGGCACGAUAGCUUUAGUGGAAUGAUAAGUUAUGACCUAACGGGUGCUUCGGGAGAUACGGCGAAGCUGUCGCCCGUGAGUAGCGGUAGUGGACAUCAUCAUCAUUCUCACCCACAUCAGCAUUACCAGGCACAGUCACAACAGCAGCUGCAGAGUGGUGGUCCUCAUCGAUUGAAUAAAUUGAUUCAACAGCAGCUCCAUAGUUACAGUCCUCCUCCGGGUCAUCAUUCCCACGGCACAAGUCCUGGUUACGUACUUUCACCUCCAGCUAGUGGAUCAUCAACGGUUGCCGGACAAGCAUUUGUGUAUGAUGUCAAAAUGAUCUCAAGGCUGCAGCCUCCUCCACCGCCUCCUCCACCACUGGUUCCUUCAACCUCUAUGAGUGACCAGAACUUCUGCCCGAAACUGCCUCCUGGCUUCAAUUACGAUCAGCAGCAGGAAGGAGCAGCCGGUCUCGGAGGAUAUUGGAUGAUGCUCGAAACAGGAGAAAAGGUUUGGUGUUCAGUCGACAACCGUUUCUCAAGUCUGGAUCGGAAACAAGGAGGAGGUAGUAUGAAACUUUCCCGGUCCAAACUAAGUCAACACGCGUACGCUGCUCCCACCAAAAGUAAUUCAAUGGGAAACUUUGAUUUUAUCAACAAACAACAGCAGCAGCAGCAACAGCAACAACGGCAACAAUCAGAUGAAUCGAUUCAACCUGAUACAAUUUCCGUUACCUCCGGAUCCAGUGAACACAAGAAACGAGAGAAGGUUUGGCGGGAAACUUCGUUGGAUAGUCCAGUCGUUAAGCACAAAACCCUUCCUUCGUCGAUGACCAAUCCUCCCGCACUUCCGGCGUAUCCCGAACCACCGCCACCACCGCCUCCUCAUCAUCAUUCGCAAUCGCAUUCAACUCUACAAACUCCGUUGCAUAUCAAUACCAGCAGCAACUACGGUUUAUCAUCACCUUCAUCGCCUUUGCUUUUGUCACCCCAGCAAAUGCGAUACUAUCAGCAAAAACAACAGCAAAUCUUGGAACAACAACGUCAACAGCAACAGCAUCGGAUAAGACAGCUGGAAGAACAGAAACAUCAAGCCUAUCUGCUAGAACAACAACAACAACAACAACAACAACAACAGCAGCAGCAACAACAAUUACUACAGCAGAAGCUUCUUCGGUCCCCUCCUCAACCACCGAAACAUCAAAGUCACUACUCCCAUGCAAUGCACCAACAACGGCAGCAACAGCAGCAGCAUUUGGAUCUUAUUCCACAUUCGCCUCAGUACUACGAUCGGGAAAAUCACAACCUCCCACCCCAUUACUAUCAAUGCCAGGAAGCUCCUCCGCAAAAUAACCUAUCGUCCCGACAUCCUGACCUUCUAAUCUCCCCAACCCUAUCGGCAUCCUCUUCCAACACGCUCACAUCCCCUACACUAAGACCGCAAUCGUCCGUUUCUCCUACUCCCUCGACAAUAACCACUACGGGAUCCGCAUCCGGAAUCCAUUCCACGCCCGACAUUCAAACGGAAUCGCCGAAAAACGUAACCGUUGUCCAACAGGGCAAAAUACAGCCCUACAAGGAAGUUACCAAACCGUUCGAGAUGUCCGAUUUCUACAAAUACUCCACUAAGUACCGGCAAAAGCAGCAGCAGCAGUUACAGCAGCAGCAACAGUACCAUCACCAUCAAACGGGAGAGCUGAGUCCGAAUGGGAACAACAACACCGGUUCCCAUACUGGAGGCGGCGGAGAGAUGAUACAGAAGGUCGUUUACCAACCGCCCAACCCGUCCAUAUGUCAUCCCAUCAACUACAACUGAGUAAGUGCGGUUAUUAAUUUUCAUAUUGAAAAUCACAAUAAAUCUGGAGUCGGCGUAUAGUUUUCCUAGAAGAAAAUGUUAUCGUUAGACUGAUGAUAAUAGGAUUAGAAUCGGGUUUUUUUUUUUUAAACGAGAAUUGAAAUGGGUUUGCCAAGUGAUACCGAGGAGUCGUCAUCAUCGUCAUCAACAUCACACUGGAAAGACGGGAUUAGAGAACUGUCCAGCAGAGCUUAAUUCGUUAAGGUCAAAAUAUACGGUUGAAGUGAGUUGAUUCAACGCAUCCCCGAUCAGGUAGUCGGCGUUCAAUUGACUUGACAUCGAUCAGGUUUCCUUUCGUAGGUCAAGUGAGUUGAAUCUUAAACCGGCCUUUAGAAUAACAAAGCUUUGAAAAUGACGAUCGUUGUAAGUAGCUACUGUCGAAUGCAGGGUGACCAAUGAACUUGCGUUGAUUGACAAUAUUCAAUAUAAAGGUCACAGAACACCGGCCAAAAUUACCCGUUACACGAAAAUGCGGAGUGAAAUUUA